AUGACGUGGCCAUCGUGGAAGAAGGCAUUUCAGAGUUACUUGGUUGCGUCUGGCCUAGACAAAGAGUCAACAACCCGCCGUAAGGCUAUAUUGUAUCACUGCCUUGGUGCUGAAGGGCAAAGGAUUUAUGAUCUGCUACCGCCUUCUCAAACGUCCGCUACCAACUCAGUUGCAACUACAACGGAAUCCACGGAGUCACCAUCCGAGACCGCCGCAGAUGAGAUGGAAAUUGCUCUCAAGACCUUGGAUACUCACUACACUACUACCGUUAAUCCUAUCGCUGAGCGACACAAAUUUCGUCAGCGCCGUCAGCAGCUCGGUGAGUCAAUUGAUGACUACGUCCUGGCUCUUCGAGAACUUGCCAGUACCUGUGACUUCGGGGCGACGCUUGAUUCCAUGAUACGCGAUCAAAUUGUCGAAUCCACCAACAUACCUCAUCUUCGUGAACGCCUCCUCCUAGAAGGCCGUACGCUUACGUUGGCUCGUACAAUUAUGCUUGCACGGCAGUUUCAACAGUCACAAAAGGAAUCAAGAGAAUUUGCUGUUGAGAGCGAGCACGAGGAAGUUCAACAAGUCACAAGACAGCCUGCAAGGCAACCUAUGCAGAAGCGACAGGGCGAUCGCUCGAGCAAACGCUCUGCUACGCGAACUCAAUGUUUUCGCUGUGGCUCUAGGGAUCACUUGGCAAAUUCUCCUUCAUGUAAAGCCCGCAAUCAGAGAUGCUCCGCAUGCAGCAAGAUGGGGCACUUCCGUUCCGUUUGCCGCUCUCUGGGACAACUACGUCAACUUACGGAUGAACUUCCGCCACAAGAUUCCAUUACGAACUCCGAAGUACAAACUACCUUACAGUUAGAUACAUCUGCUCCAAAGAAAACUGGGAUCUACGUUACGUUGUCUGUCUCAGAGAGGGACAUACGUUUUCUCAUUGACACGGGAUCUUCAGCAACGAUUAUGUCUUCUGCCGUCUACGAGGGGCAUUUUGCAUCCUUGCAUCCUCUGAAGCCGACAUCUGUGAGCCUGUACGAUUUCUCCAAACGCUCAAUUCCCAUUCAGGGAUGUUUUUCGGCACCGGUCAAGUACGCAAAUCGUUCAGCAUGUCUGAAUUUCUACGUAGUAUCCAAUGGCACGACACUUCUUGGCAUGGAUGCUGUCACGUCGUUGGAGUUAUGCAUUGACGGCAUGAGUCUCUCCUGCUUUAGUACGACUGCGUCGACACUCACCGUACCCCCAGCAAUUUCAGCUGAUUUCGGACACCUUUUCGAUGGAACUCUGGGUCUGUCUAAACAUUACAUUCACAAGGUGAAGAUACGUUCCGACAUCAAGCCCGUUACAGGCAAGUUACGCCGUUUACCGUUAACAGUACGAGAACAAGUUUCUCAAGAACAACGUCGUCUGGAAGAACAGGACGUAAUCGAAAAGGUCACAGCUUCAGAGUGGGUCUCUCCAAUCGUAGUGGUAAAGAAAAAAGAUGGCUCCAUCCGCUUAUGCGUCGACCUACGCGAACCCAACAAAGCCGUCAUUGCGGACUGUUUCCCACUACCACAUACUGAGGAACUGCUUAACGCCUAG